AUGGACCCGGUCUCUGUAGCUGGUCUCGCGCUUGGCGUAGCAUCACUUGGCCUUCAGGUGUAUACUGGUUGCAUUCAAGGUAUACAGCUAUUGAUUACGGCACUGGGCUACGAUGAUGAGUGCAAGUACCUUAACUUGAGGCUUCGAAUGGAGCAGCAGCGUCUUUUCGCAUGGAGCGAAACUUCAGGGCUGCUGGAUCUGGAGGCCAAGAAUCAUGAUAAGAUUCUCAACUCAAAUAUCUUCAACCUACACCGCCAAACGGUGCUGGAUAUGCUGGUGCAGAUUCAAUGUCUCUUCGAUGAGUUCACACAGCACCAACGUAGACACAACAACCUCAAGGCUGAUCGAGAUGACGACGGCUUGCUCAGUGCACCAGAAAAGGACGCCAAGCUAGCCAACUUUCCCAUGUCAGACAGAAAGCGAGACUUUAUCAAGAAUGCCAUGGCCAGUCUCAGGGCUAAAUCUCAAGAGGGGUAUCAACGCCUUCGAUGGGUGUCUUUUGAUAAAGUUGCUUUUGAGCUGCUGCUGUCCAAGUUUUCGGCUUUGAACGAUAACAUGACGAACAUUUUGGAUCACUCGCUGCAGGUAGAAAUCCGUAACACCGUGCAAGACACGAAUAGGGGAGUUUUGCUUUUGCACCAAAAGAUUGCCGAUUUGGGCCACCUCGUGCUGGCAUUGAAAUCGCAGCUAGCCGCCGGAGCCGAGUCACCCUUGGGUUCCUCACGCCUAUCCCAAUCGGAAAAAGCAGCGAGCAUUGAGGCUUUGAUGCAGUUAUCCAAACUUGCCAAGUUCAAGGCCUUUAACGAGACAAUUGACCCCAAAACAGGAAAGCUGACUCAAGUAGACGAAGCGGCGGUUAAAUUUCUUGAGCUUGCCAAACCAUCAGAGCCACACAAUGUCCAGGUGCCGCGUUAUCUGAUAGAAUUAGAUGCUAAUGUGGAUGAAUCGGAUGAACCCCGCUGCGAAGCCAUUUUAAAGACUGCAAAUGGCAAGAAGAAAGUAUGGAUAGAGUGGAAAGACUAUGACACGGUGGGGUUGAGCCCUGAUACACUAUUGAAGAAAGAUAUUGUUGAUCGGGUGAGGAAAUUAGCAUCUUUACUAAAUCAUAGCCCGAAGCCGGAAGCCUUCAGGACACCACACUGUCUCGGGUUCUUCGAUAAAGCGGACCCCGAUAUCCCCGCAGAUGAUGUUGAUGUCCUUGACAGGCGGCUAGGUCUCAUAUUCGAGCGACCCAACAACGACUUGCUGCAUACUACUCUUCCUCCGGUGUCUCUUCACGACCUCCUGCAAGAUGAUCGGGUUAGGAAGCCCCGCGUGACGGAACGAAUCCGAUUAGCAAAUGCCCUCAGCAACUGCGUGUUAUAUCUACAUGCUGUCAACUGGUUGCACAAGGGUCUUCGGAGUCACAAUGUGCUGUUCUUCCGUACGCGAUCUGGGCACGUGGACUACCGUCAACCGUAUCUCUCGGGGUUUGACUUUUCACGCCCAGGAGGGUCAGACGAGAUGACAGAUGUGCCGGGGGAUGAUGCAGAAGAGGAUUUAUACAGACACCCCAAUGCGCAGGCAAACAGGAAGCGAGAGAGGCAAAGAUCCAAGAAGAGCUUUGAUAUCUAUAGUCUAGGCGUUAUAUUUGUGGAAUUGGCUCACUGGAAGACAGUGGACCAGGUUCUCGGGAUUGAUAUGCGACGAGCCAGAGGGAAGCCAGAAAUUUUGCGACAAGUUCGGGAUAAGUUGCUUGAAGAUGCGCAAAUCGCAGAUAUUGGUGCGGAGAUGGGUGAAAAGUUCGAAGACGCGACCAAGACGUGUCUCGUUGGUGAGACGAGGUCCGAUGUUUUGUCAGGCGAUGACAAAGACACAGCGGGAGUUGCUGAGAAACUGUCGGUAACAUUUUACGAGGAUGUAGUGAAAAGGCUUGCGCAAGUUGUAGUAUGA